AUGAGUCAUCAAGAUUACGAAGUUUCGAAGGUAGAAGAAGGCGAAGCAUGCAGCCGAUCCUCUUCCAGAAUACCCGAAUCUUCAUCUACUUCUUGGGUGGUGGAGCUUUUGCAAAAGGUAAUCGCAGAGGUGUUGGGGACGUACUUUGUGAUGUUUUCAGGGUGCGGUUCCGUCGUCGUAAAUAAGAUAUACGGUUCCGUCACGUUUCCAGGUAUUUGUGUUGUAUGGGGCUUGAUUGUAAUGGUGAUGGUCUACUCUGUCGGUCACAUUUCCGGUGCUCAUUUCAACCCUGCUGUCACCAUAACAUUUGCCAUCUUUCGACGUUUCCCUUUCAAACAGGUGCCUCUAUAUAUCCUUGCGCAGUUGUUAGGUGCAAUUUUGGCGAGCUACACGUUGUGGAUUAUUUUCCACGUGAAUGAAGAAAGUUUUUUUGGAACGGUGCCGGUCGGGUCUGAUCUUCAAUCUUUAUGGAUUGAGAUUAUUAUCUCAUUCAUCUUGAUGUUCGUCAUUUCUGGAGUCGCAACCGAUAAUAGAGCUAUUGGAGAACUGGCAGGAAUUGCGGUUGGAAUGACAAUCAUUCUAAACGUGUUUGUUGCCGGGCCAGUGUCUGGGGCAUCGAUGAAUCCAGCAAGGAGCAUCGCUCCGGCAAUCGUCAUGCACGUUUACAAGGGACUGUGGGUUUACAUUGUCGGCCCACCGAUCGGCACCAUCCUUGGAGGCGCUGCCUACAACUUGAUCAGAUUCACCGACAAGCCUCUCCGCGAAAUUACGAGGACUGGAUCCUUCCUCAAAAGCAUUUCCAGACGUAACUGAUUCCUUCUUCUUUUUUAAAAAAUUACUCCUUACAAAAACACCAGUCAUUUGGUUGACAAAUCUUGUAAAAUUCCACACAACUUUAAUUCGAAAUGGGAAAAAGAAAAGAAACAAUUUCUUAUGUGGGUGUGUUUGAUCUCGCAACUCUACUUCCUCUUCUUGUCUUCU